AUGACUGUGCCAGAUAUUCCCCAAGAGGGUCCCCAUGUAGUCCUCGUGUCGACCAGAACUGUCUUGACACUCCCCGACGACUCGUUGCUUCUGACACCUGCAACUGUUAUUGUCUCGCCUGCUACCGGCAAGAUUAUCUCAGCUAUUCCUGAGAUUAUUCCCCGGAGUUCAUUCCCUUCGGAUACGGUUUAUCAUGACUACAGCCCCAAGCUGCUUCUUCCAGGUCUUGUUGAUGCCCACGUACAUCUUAACGAGCCUGGCCGGACAGAAUGGGAGGGCUUUUAUACAGGCACCAGGGCAGCCGCUUCUGGCGGUGUGACGACGGUUGUUGAUAUGCCCUUGAAUGCUGUCCCCCCGACAACCACUCUAGAAGGUUUCAAGGCGAAGCUUGCUGCUAGUCAGGGGCAAUGCUGGGUUGAUGUUGGCUUCUAUGGUGGUGUUAUCCCGGGGAACGCAGACCAGCUGCUUCCACUUGUCGAGGCCGGCGUCCGGGGCUUCAAAGGCUUCUUGAUCGACUCAGGGGUACCGGAAUUUCCUGCAGUAUCAUCAACCGAUAUUGAGCUUGCCAUGAAGACGCUCAAGGACGCACCUACCACACUCAUGUUUCAUGCCGAGAUCAUUCCUCCGAUCGCCGACUCAGUUGGCGACUCUGUUCAGGUUUCGGAUCCCCCGUUGCGGCCUCGUGGAGAGCUGAACAGCUACACCACAUGGCUGUUAUCGCGCCCACCGGCCUUCGAAACAUAUGCGAUCGAAGAAAUCCUCUCAAUAGCACACGUCGCUCCUGAUCUCCACCUGCACAUCGUCCAUCUCUCUGCGAUGGAAUGCAUCCCCAUCUUGAGAGAGGCGCGCAAGAAGGGUAUCAAGAUUACGGCUGAGACGUGCUUCCACUACCUCGGGUUCUCAUCCGACGAGAUCGAGGACGGCGAUACCAGGCACAAAUGCUGCCCGCCAAUUCGCAAUCAGGUCAACCAAGACCGGUUGUGGGAGGAAAUCUCGGACCCUGAGGGCUGCAUCAAGACCAUCGUCUCCGACCAUUCGCCAUGCACUCCAGAGCUCAAACUCCUGCCGCCACACUUACAGUCAGGUCACCGGCCAACCAUGCACCAAUGCGACUCCGGCAUUGACAUGACGCUACCGGAGGAAGAGAGGCUGGCUGCGGAAGAGGCAGAGAAGGCCAGACUUGACGGCCCUGUUGAGAUCCAGGGUGACUUUUUCGCCGCCUGGGGAGGCGUCUCGUCCGUCGGUCUUGGCCUACCCAUCCUUUACACGUUUGCUGCGGAGCGCGAGGCCCGCGGCGACAUCACCCCGUCCAUCGUCGACAUCGUGCGCAUGUGCAGCCAAGCGACGGCCCAGCAGGUCGGGUUGGCCCACUGCAAGGGCGGCAUCCGGGCCGGUAUGGAUGCCGACUUUGCCAUCUUUGACGAUGCCGAUGUGUGGACGCUGCGGGCUGCCGACAUGCGUUGGAAGAACCGCUGCUCGCCGUGGGAGGGACACACUUUCCGCGGAAGGGUGCACGAGACGUGGCUCAGGGGCCAGAAGAUCUUUGAGCUUGGGGGACCGAAUGAUGGGUUUGUUGGGGGCAAGCCUAUAGGGAGGGCGAUUACGGAGAAGAGGAUGAAGUGA